AUGAGGGUUGAUCAAAUGGUCAAAGAAGGGCUAGUGGAUGAGGUGCGACAAAUUUUCAUUCCAGAUGCAGAUUACACCAACGGAAUACGAAAGUCCAUCGGUGUCCCUGAAAUGGACAUAUAUUUAAGGGAAAAAACAAAUAUGGACAGAGAUGAUGAAUCAAAGCAGAUGAUUCUUCAAGCUUCAAUUCCAAGUAUGAAGCGUAAUACUCAUAAAAUGAAUACUUUCAUCAAUAAUGAAGAGUUCAAGAAGAAAGUUAUCAUCAUAAUGGGGGCCACAGGAACGGGAAAAUCCCGUCUCUCUGUUGACCUUGCCACCCAUUUUCGAGGAGAAAUUAUCAACUCGGAUAAAAUGCAAGUUUACAAGGGACUUGAAAUUGUUACAAACAAGAUCACACAUACUGAAAAACAAGGUGUACGACACUAUUUGUUAGGUGAAAUUGAACCAGAUUCAGACUUCACAGCUGAAGAUUUUUGUUUGCAAGCUAUCAUCUAUAUAGAAAAAAUACUUAAGACUCAACGUGUUCCAAUUAUUGUUGGAGGGUCCAAUUCGUAUAUCGAAAAACUUGUGGAAGAUCAUGUGUUCAUGUUCAAAUAUAAGUAUGAUAGCUGCUUUAUUUGGAUUGAUGUUGAGCAAUCAGUCUUGAACCGUAGAGUUGACAUGAGGGUUGAUCAAAUGGUCAAAGCAGGGCUAGUGGAUGAGGUGCGACAGAUUUUCAUUCCAGAUGCAGAUUACACCAAAGGAAUCCGACGGUCCAUCGGGGUCCCUGAAAUGGACAGAUAUUUAAGGGAAGAAACAAACAUAGACGGAGAUGAUGAAUCAAAGAAGAUGAUUCUUCAAGCUUCAAUUUCAAGUAUCAAGCGUAAUACUCGUAUGUUAAUUUGUAACCAACUUGACAAGAUUCAACGAUUAAUAAGCGAGAAAAUGUGGUCAGUGCAUCAUAUUAUUGCUACGGACGUUUUCAAAGAAGAUAGAGAAGAAGAUCUUGACGAAGCAUGGACGAAUAUUGUUUUGCAACCAUGCCUAGAUAUUGUGAAGAGAUUUCUCAAAAACGAUCAUCACAAUAUUAUUAUUGAGUUUACUUAA